AUGGCAACACCCACCAACAACAUCCACAUCCGCACGCUUUUGCGCAUGCUAGUCCACAGCCACGGCCUGUUCCGCAUCCGAAUCAGCAUUCCCAUCCGAGUUUGCACUCGAGACCCUAUUACUCCGGCUCGCCACUGCCGCCACCGUCGCAUCCCCCUGGGCUGCCACCUAGACAAGCGACAUUCCCGUAAGCCAAUCCCGACACCAUACAACCACCACAACCUCACUCGGCCUUUCCGUGCUCAGACCGAUCCUCACCAUCUGCCCCCUCCGACGCCGCCUCGGCCCAGUCCGGCUCCCUCGUACCGCCAGCAUAGUUCGUCGGUCACAGCGCUCCCGCUACCACCGCCGCCGCCACAGCUUCCGCAAGCCUUUGGGCACGGUGCUCCCGCUAGCUACCAGUUCCAGUAUUCCAACUGUUCCGGACGCCGGAAAGCCUUGCUGGUAGGCAUCAACUAUUUCGGCCAGUCCAAUCAGCUCAGAGGAUGCAUCAACGAUGUGACGCAAAUGUCCAUUUUCUUGAACGAAGUGUACGGGUACCGCCGGGAAGACAUGGUCAUCCUGACGGAUGACCAGCAGAACCCGAUGAGCCAGCCAACCAAGGCCAACAUUAUCCGGGCAAUGCAUUGGCUAGUCAGGGAUGCCAUGCCAAAUGAUUCGCUUUUUAUCCAUUUCUCGGGACAUGGUGGUCGAACACCCGAUCUCGAUGGAGAUGAGGACGAUGGAUUCGACGAUGUAAUUUACCCGGUCGAUUACAAAAUCGCCGGGCAUAUCGUAGACGAUGACAUGCAUGACAUAAUGGUCAAACCUUUGCGCCCAGGUGUCCGUCUCACGGCUGUUUUCGAUUCCUGCCAUUCUGGAACCGCAUUGGAUCUUCCUUUUAUCUACUCCACCCAGGGUAUAUUGAAAGAACCAAACCUAGCCAAGGAAGCAGCCCAAGAUCUUUUUAGCGCUUUCAGUGCGUAUGAAAAGGGCGACUUGGGCGGCGUCGCCACGACGGCAAUCGGAUUCUUCAAAAAGGCAACUAUAGGAGGGUCGGCGCGCGAGCGAAGCCUCAUGACCAAGACGUCCCCGGCGGACGUGACCAUGUUUUCUGGGUCAAAAGACUCGCAGACAUCGGCGGAUACCUUCCAAGGCGGCCAGGCGCGCGGAGCCUUGAGCUGGGCGUUCAUCGAGUCUCUGAAAAAGUACCCAAAUCAGAGCUACCUGCAGUUGCUCAAUACAAUCCGAGCAAGACUCGAGAAGAAAUACUCGCAGAAACCGCAGCUGAGCUGCAGCCAUCCGCUGGAUGUAAAUUUACUCUUUGUCAUGUAA